GCGCGUCGCCGCUUCCCCGCUGCUCGAGCUCGGCCGCCAUUUCCUCGGCCAGCUUAACGGUCCGGCCAAUCCCAGCGCGCUGCGCGGUGGGCCGCAGCUCGGCCAAUCGCAGGCCGCGGAGCCGACCCCUCGCGAGGCCCGGCCCAAUCCCGGCGCCGGCCCGCCCCCGCGCCGCCCUCUCCUCCCUCUUUGUGCGUCUCCCCGCGCCCCCGCCGCCGCGUGAAGACAGGUUCCGCGCCCCGCGCCGCGCAGUCGGCCCCCGCCCCCGGAAGGUUCGCGAAGGAGUAGCCGCCGCCGAGGAGCCGCGGGUGCUGCCCCUCCGGGAGCACCAUGGCGACCGGAGCGAGCGCCGCGCCGUUGGACUUCCCCAGUAAGAAACGGAAGAGAAGCCGCUGGAACCAAGACACGACGGAGCAGAAGACGGUCAUUCCGGGGAUGCCCACGGUGAUCCCCCCCGGACUCACUCGGGAACAAGAAAGGGCUUACAUAGUGCAACUGCAGAUAGAAGACCUGACUCGCAAACUGCGCACAGGAGACCUGGGCAUCCCCCCUAACCCUGAGGACAGGUCCCCUUCCCCCGAGCCCAUCUACAACAGCGAGGGGAAGCGGCUGAACACUCGCGAGUUUCGCACCCGCAAGAAGCUGGAAGAGGAGCGGCACAACCUCAUCACGGAGAUGGUGGCACUCAACCCCGACUUCAAGCCGCCCGCGGACUACAAACCCCCUGCGACACGUGUGAGUGACAAAGUGAUGAUUCCACAAGACGAGUAUCCGGAGAUCAACUUUGUGGGGCUGCUCAUCGGGCCCAGAGGGAACACCCUGAAAAACAUUGAAAAGGAGUGCAAUGCCAAGAUCAUGAUCCGGGGCAAAGGGUCUGUGAAGGAGGGCAAGGUCGGGCGCAAAGACGGCCAGAUGCUGCCGGGAGAAGAUGAGCCCCUCCACGCCCUGGUGACGGCGAACACCAUGGAGAACGUGAAGAAAGCCGUGGAGCAGAUACGAAACAUCCUGAAGCAGGGCAUCGAGACCCCUGAGGACCAGAACGAUCUGCGGAAGAUGCAGCUCCGGGAGCUGGCCCGUCUCAACGGGACCCUUCGGGAAGACGACAAUAGGAUCUUAAGACCCUGGCAGAGCUCAGAGACCCGAAGCAUCACCAAUACAACAGUGUGCACCAAGUGUGGAGGGGCUGGCCACAUCGCUUCAGACUGCAAAUUCCAAAGGCCUGGUGACCCCCAGUCAGCUCAGGACAAAGCGCGGAUGGAUAAGGAGUACUUGUCUCUCAUGGCCGAGCUGGGGGAAGCACCUGUCCCGGCCUCCGUGGGCUCCUCCUCUGGCCCUGCGAGCACGCCGCUGUCCAGCGCACCUCGGCCUGCCGCUCCCGCCAACAACCCGCCUCCGCCGUCUCUGAUGUCCACCACCCAGAGCCGCCCGCCCUGGAUGAACUCGGGUCCUUCAGAAAGCCGGCCCUACCACGGAAUGCAUGGAGGUGGCCCCGGAGGGCCCGGAGGUGGCCCCCACAGCUUCCCUCACCCGCUCCCCAGCCUGACGGGCGGGCACGGUGGACACCCCAUGCAGCACAACCCAAACGGACCCCCGCCGCCGUGGAUGCAGCCGCCACCACCCCCGAUGAACCAGGGCCCCCACCCACCUGGGCACCAUGGCCCUCCUCCAAUGGGUAAAUCAGUACCUGGGAAGUACGCCUGUGGGCUCUGGGGUCUAUCGCCUGCAUCAAGGAAAAGGUAUGAUGCCGCCGCCGCCUAUGGGCAUGAUGCCGCCGCCGCCGCCGCCCAGUGGGCAGCCCCCACCCCCGCCAUCUGGCCCGCUUCCCCCAUGGCAGCAACAGCAGCAGCAGCCGCCACCGCCCCCACCGCCCAGCAGUAUGGCUUCCAGUACCCCGUUGCCAUGGCAGCAAAAUACGACGACCACCACCACGAGCGCUGGCACAGGGUCCAUCCCGCCAUGGCAACAGCAGCAGGCGGCUGCCGCAGCUUCGCCAGGAGCCCCUCAGAUGCAAGGCAACCCCACUAUGGUGCCCCUGCCCCCCGGGGUCCAGCCGCCUCUGCCGCCCGGGGCCCCCCCCCCUCCGCCGCCUCCACCGCCUGGUUCCACCGGCAUGAUGUAUGCCCCGCCCCCUCCUCCUCCGCCUCCCAUGGACCCUUCUAACUUUGUCACCAUGAUGGGCAUGGGGGUGGCGGGCAUGCCGCCCUUCGCGAUGCCUCCGGCUCCCCCACCGCCUCCACCACAGAACUAGACUCGGUUUUUUAAGGAAAUAUAUAUUAUAUAGAGAGAACUGGUCUUGUCUAAGCACGCCGAACCUCACCAUAUGGAGCCAGACACUGGGACGCACGCGUGUGGGUGUGUGCACGCGUGUGUGUGUGCACGCCGGGGCUGGGCCGGGCCAGGCGACCGAGGACUCGCUUGGGAAAGGGCAGGUGGUAGUUCGGGCGCCGGCUUGGGCUCUCCCGGCGCCCCGUAGCAUCGAGUGUCUUCUUUGUCUUUCUCUCCUCACCCAACUCCCUUUGCCUCUCCCCAAACCGGGCCGCCAGGAUCCCUCCCCGCGGCGGCGAUGGCCCGAGCCAUGAGAGUGAGGACUUUCCGCGCCCAUUGGUGACCCUUCCAGGCAGACAGCCUCAGCAGCGCCCCUGGUGGACAGGAUGGUUCGGCAAAGCAGCCUGAGUUAUUUUUGUGGACGGAUUCGGAACACGCUGGCUCCAUAUCGUGACAUUUUUAUUAAUUUUUUUCUUCUCCCCCUUGUUAUUUCCUUAUCGCUUCCUUUCUUUAGAUUCUGCCCCAGGAGAUGCUCUCCCGGCCUUCUGCUGCGGUUAGGUCCCCGUCCCUGUCCUCAUCCCCACAUCUCCCCCUCCCCCUCCUCCUCCUCCUCAGACAGAACAAAGGCUUUGGCCCGGGCUGCGCCACCCUGGCAGGGGGUGGGGGUGGGGGUGGGGGUGGAGGUGGGGGUGCUUCCAAUCGGGGUUUUCCAGGUGCCACAGCUGCUGUGUUGGGAGGGGUUCAUCUGAGGGCCCUGGGUUCGAGUCCACCUUGCUGACAGCACUGGGGCCGCCCACACCGCCGCCUCUAGCCGGGGUGUCCUCCUGGCUGCCUGGGGCUCCGUUUGUUCCUCUCCUCCGUGGAAGGCUGCUUUUUCAAUUUGAUUUUCAUCCUAAAUGUCGGAAUGUUUUUGCAGUGUCCAAGGCUUUGACCCCAUGUCUUCCCCCCGCCUCCCCCCCUCCGCCAUGGAGUGAUUAUGUUAACAAUGAUGUAUAAUGCGCGUUCUCUUCACUGGUUUAUCUACAGAAGUUUCUCUGGCUUUUUUUUUUUUUUUCCAACGUAUGAUUCAAACACUGCGUUAAAGGGAGUGUUCCAUGAAUAAACGAGCAGUGUGGUUU